AUGUCGAUUUUAGAUCUUUUUUCUUUAAAGGGGAAGGUUGUCCUUAUUACUGGCGCCACUAACGGCAUUGGCAAGGCCAUGGCCCAGGCUCUGUACGAGGCAGGGGCGUCUGUGAUUUUGACACACAGACCAGCAACCGAUCCAGCCUCCACGGUGCAGUUUCUGCGUGAUUCAUAUCCGGGAUCGGAAGCCAAGAUAGGCACUAUCGAGGUUGACCUGGGUGAAGUAAAGAUAGAGAACCUUGAAGCAGAAAUUGUCAGGCCGGCUCUGGAAUUGUCUCCUACAGGAGAAAUAGACAUUCUUAUCAACAACGCUGGAAUCACCAACCGCGAAACCAUCGUGGACGCUUCUAUUGAAGAGUACCACAAGGUGCUACACGUGAAUUUGCACGUGCCGUCGGAACUCUCCAAGCUCGUUGCUAGACGGAUGAUCCGUCAGAAAAUCCGGGGAAAGAUCCUAUUCACCGCCAGCCUGACGUCUUUCCGUGCCGCUUCCAACCUCUCAGCGUACACAACGUCUAAAGGAGCUAUUGUACAGUUUGCAAAAUGCUGCGCUGUUGAAUGGGCCCAGUACGGGAUUAACGUCAACUGUAUUGGCCCGGGAUACGUCCGGACCAAUAUGACGACGUUCCACACCAGCGACGAGGCCCGAGAGACCCGUAUCUUGAGCAAGAUUCCAAAAGGCAGAUGGGGCACUCCAGAAGACUUCAAAGGCCCAGUAGUGUUUCUGUGUUCGGCAGCGAGCGAUUACGUGGACGGAGAGUGUUUAAUGGUGGACGGUGGAUUUUUAGCUCUCAUGUAA